AUGACGACGUUGAAAGAGCCGCAUGAUACUGCGCCUCAUCGAACUGAGACAACUGUACUGCCUGCGGCAACACGUGAGCCUGUGGGAAAGCAGCUCCUUAAAACCAUGCCAGUGGUACAGCAAAAGAGUAUUGUGCGCCCGAAGUCUAUCACGAAACAUCAAUCUGGCCCAGUUUCCGCAACGUCGAAGGCCCCGCUUCAGGAGCCCUUCAUAGUUCAGGCAAGGAAGAACACAUCGGCCGGCUUACCUGCUCGGCAAGCUCAACCUGCGCCAUCGCGAACAAGACAGGUCUCCUCUCUUUCGAAUCAAGCGUCUCGGAGACCCCACGCCCACACUCACGAUGUCGAUACCGAGUCGGAAGCCGCGGAUGAGAGUUUUGAAGAUGAGAACCCUCAGACAUGGGCAACAUGGUGGCGUUCGCUAUCUCUAUGGUUUCAACCCCGCAGAGCACCUAAUGCCGGAGACAACGCCAGCGUUAGCAGUGACAAAGACAACGAGUCAUUAUUACGCGAUGAUGCAGAGCCGGACUCGAUCUCUGCAUUAGAGUGGUUGUGGCAAUGCUUGUCAUGGUACUUCAUAGCCUGCUUUUCAUGGCUACAUCAAGUCUAUUCAUCACUCCGACAUGCAGUCUUUCGGGCCACGCGAUUCGCGUUCCACACUUCUUUCAAGUGGGUACUGCUCGGCCUGGGUUCUUUGGCUGUCGCCAUGUUUUUACACUCCGUCUUGUCUCCAUCUCCUUUGGUAGACGGCAUUUGGGAAAACGACAGCGAAAACACGCGGCUCCCCUUCUAUUGGCAUGGAUGGAGUCUCUCGGACAUGACUUGGAAUUUGGGACAAUUCGUUCCUCUCUCUCUUGCUCGUCCAUCGACGCUCUUCGCAUCGGAGGAUGCGAGAGCAUACGAGGAAAAGCUCCGCAGCUUCAGCCACGAGAUGCACCAUCUCAAGGCUUCCAAAGAUCUACACGACGUGUCACUCACCAAGCUCGAGUCCUUACUCCCGAAGAUCAUCCACCUCGAGCUUGUGUUCACCUUCGAGGCGGACAAGGCCGGUUACGUUCAUGUCCCCGACGCCCACUGGCAGGCAAUCAAGAACAAGGCGAAUAGCGAGAGCUACUUGGUCACAGAGAGCAAGACACAAGAACCAACUCUCUCACGUGCUGAAAUCCAGCAGAUGAUCAAGUCUGACACGCCAAACGCCUGGACUGAAUGGGCCAAGAGCAACAGGCAGAAAGUGGCCGAUGUUGUCAAGAACCAUCUGCCGUCAUCCGAGUCGCCCUCGAGUGGGUCUGGCGUGUUGACCGCAGACCUGGAUGACCGCAUCGAGCAGGUUGCUCUACAGCAUAUUGCUCGACAAAUCGCGGACGAGAACACCAGUCUGGUGACGCGUCGAAACUUCAUGUUCCUCAUCAAAGAAGAGUUCGCCAAAGAUCACGGCCACAUCAGUAAUGAAGCGCUCGUGCUCAAGGACCAGGCAAAGGCAUAUGUGGAGGGUCUUCUCAGAACCAGCCUCGAAAACAACCGUGCUCUCAUGGGUCUGUCUCGGGACGAAGUCCUCCAUCUGGUCAACAGCCAAAUCCGCAAGGUCAUUGCGGAUGCCGGGAUCAAGGCUUUUGCGGAUGGCAAGAUUGCCGCCGAGUGGGAUCACGACCUUCGAGAGCGGGUCAACUUUUUGAACCCCAAUCUCGGCGCCGUUGUCAGCCUGGACACAACACCCACGUACAAGCUUCGAGGGUCCAGGUCGGGCGGCUUCCUCACGCAGAAGUGGAAGAACCAUCCGAGCCGACGCCAGCCUGGCCCGCUCAGCCCCGCCGAGGCGCUCCUCGGAUGGACAGAUGCCGGGGACUGUUGGUGUGGCAGUACAACGUACAGCCACGACGGGACGCCGCAGGGUGUCGCUCUCAAUGUCAUUCUCGGACACCGCAUCAAGCCCGAGUAUCUUGUUAUUGACCACAUCCUGCCCGGUGCGACGCUGGCGCCGGCUGCACGACCCCGACAAAUUGAACUUUGGGUGAAGAUUGACGAGUGGAACAACCGGGAACUGGUGCGCGACUUUGCGGCAUAUACAUGGCCUGGCAGCCUGGAGCAGCCAUUCGGAGAGGGCUUUGUGCAGAUCAGCUCGUUCGAGUAUGAGAGUCAGGCGGCGUCUGGGGGUGUGUACGUGCACAAGCUGCCAGACGAGCUGAAGGGGCUCGGCGUGUCAACGGAGCACGUUAUUGUGCGGCUGGUGACCAACUACGGAGAUGACGAGAAGACAUGCCUCUACCGUGCGAGGCUGUUUGGGGAGGCGUACGACCCACCGCUUACGGAUGAGGCGUGA